UGUCCCGGGUGGCGGCGUUGCCAUGUCGCACGGCCACAGCCACGGCGGGGGCGGCUGUCGCUGCGCCGCCGAGCGGGAGGAGCCGCCUGAGCAGCGCGGCCUGGCCUACGGCCUGUACCUGCGCAUCGACCUGGAGCGGCUGCAGUGCCUCAACGAGAGCCGCGAGGGCAGCGGCCGCGGCGUCUUCAAGCCGUGGGAGGAGCGGAACGACCGCUCCAAGUUUGUUGAAAGCGAUGCAGACGAAGAGCUUCUAUUUAAUAUUCCGUUUACUGGCAACGUCAAGCUCAAAGGCAUCAUUAUAAUGGGAGAGGAUGAUGACUCACACCCCUCGGAGAUGAGACUAUAUAAGAACAUUCCACAGAUGUCAUUUGAUGAUACAGAAAGGGAGCCAGAUCAGACUUUCAGUCUGAACCGGGAUCUUACUGGAGAAUUAGAGUAUGCUACAAAAAUUUCCCGGUUUUCAAAUGUCUGUCAUCUCUCCAUUCAUAUUUCAAAGAAUUUUGGAGCAGAUACCACAAAGGUCUUUUACAUUGGCCUGAGAGGAGAGUGGACUGAGUUUCGGCGGCAUGAGGUGACCAUCUGCAAUUAUGAAGCAUCAGCCAACCCGGCAGACCACCGGGUCCAUCAAGUCACCCCACAGACACACUUCAUUUCCUAAGGUCUAGCCCAGCUCCCUUAGGCGCUGUUCUUGAAGAUGGGUGACCACCUGCUGAAAAGGACACAUGAGGCUCCGGCGAGAGUUGCCUGCCACAGCCUCAGCCAGGCUUUAUCUUUGGGGGUUGCUGCAGGAACCCACCACUGGGAGUGGCGUGGGUGUCACGGGACAAUCAUGAUUUUCUAGAGCACUACAGAACUUGGGUCUUUGGCUGGGUGGUAUCUGGCAGUUCUGGAUAUGAUUGCUUUCAGUCAGGGUGGCCAUGGGAUCGCAAGUGUCUUGUUGCUCUGUGCCAGGAUUUUUGUGUAAGUUGUUUUUUCUUUUUUUAAAAAAAACUUCCUGGGCUACAAGAAUUCUUCUGCAGCCUGAGGUUUGUGUGUGUUAGCCAUCAGGAGUGUCUCCGAUUAGAAACCUGUGUCCAUGCCUGCUCCUUCUCCUGUCGUUGCUCAGCAUUCUGGUCAGGGUGUCCAGCUUGGCGUUGUCUGUCACACACAAGUGUCCCAUAGUGACAGCUAGAAAGCCAGGAGUCUGCUGAUGCUGCACGACUCUUGGGGGAAGGACUUUCCCACUGUCUAGCCAAGCAGUCUGGGGGAGAACACUGGGAGUCAUUUCUGUUUAUGGAUUAUCAGUUGGGGUAAGUCUGAGCCUUAGUGAACAUUCACCUGGAACCCCCUUGAUGUUUAAUAGCUUCUAAUUUGUUGUAAGCCCAGUGCCAGAAUUUGUUCUUCUGUUCAUGGCUUUUGUUCACUGUGACUAACCUUCCUAAUAAAUCUUUGCCAGACUUCA